AUGUCCCAGUGUCUCGGGACAAAGUUGUCCGUGGUCCUUCCUUUUCCAACAAACACUCCGGUGCAGAGUGUGGCCUGCUACACAUACAGCAGGCCUCACAACCUGGUCUUCUUCCUGGUGGACCCAAGCGAGAUCUGGAUCUACACCGUCAGGACGGACCCAGCCUGCAGGUUUGCUGUGUGGAAUAUUCCAGAAAUACUGGAGAAUACAAACGGUAGUAAACAGCCAGCCAAUGCGCCCAUUAUCGAGGGGGUAUGUUUGUCUCCAUUUGAUUCGAGCCUGUGGAAGGUGCCUGUGUGUGAGUGUUACUGUAUAACUUGUCUGUCGUCGUACAUCUACUACAACACCUUGGAUGGACUGGUUUGCGCUGACUGCGAUGAGUUUAUUCUGCUGGGCCUUGAGGAUGGUCGGAUUCUCUUUAUGGAUGUGGUGGUGGAAAGUGUGAAGUACCAUGAGGUGCAGGCCCACAAUGGCCCAGUGAUCCUGAUAAAACAUGACACAGAUCAAAACCAGCUACUGAGCUUGAGCCGGGAGAUGUCUGAAAAACGUCUAAAGAUUUGGAGCUUGCCAAAAUUACAAUUGAUUCAUGAGCUGCCAAUCCCAGAUGAUGCCAUCACUUUCUCAAGAAUAGCCAGUCAGCUGUGCCUGGGGCUCGAGUCUGGAAUAAUCCUCUUCAAUGAUAUUGUGGCCGCAGAUUCCAUGAUGUUGUCAUUUUCUCCAACUGUGUCACAAGAUGCUAAAAGUGAGCCAGGGGAGAAGCAGCAUGCGGAGCAGGCUGUUGGCAUGGUGAUCACCGAUGCCUGUCCCAAGCAAUACAUCUUCCUGAGCUGCAGAAUCUGACAUUUACGAGGAUCCAGCCAUUAAAUAUGAACUGAAGGACACUGUACAGCGCCAAACUGAAUCACUCCUCGAUUUGGAUUCUUAUCUGGUUCCCUUUAAGCACUUCGAUUUUUCAAAGAGUGAAGUAACUUCGGUGGUCUCAGAGUUGGAAUCAGAUCUGGACAUGGAGGAGACAGAGUCUGUAAGUGGGACUCAGCAGGCCAUGCCUGGCUGCAGGUCAGAGGUCAUUCCUGUCCAUCUGUCCCCUGGGGGUUCAGGGUUCGGGUUGUGCUCCUAAUUCCAAAGAACUGAAAUUCUGAACCAGCUCUGUGUUCAUUUAGUUCUGUAUGAGGUUAUGAAAUGAAUGAAAUCCUCUGGAUACUGGACACGAUCUCCUCUGGGUAUGAUCAAUUGGAAUUGCUUCU